AUGGCUGCAUCAGACGAUCUCAUCAACUUUGAUGUGAUCGAAGCCCACAAAGAGAAUAUCCAGGCGCUCCCCAGCGGCCGAUCCGCAAGGAAGCUCGCCGAGACAUUCUCACCUUCGACAGCGCUCACAUCAAAGUCAACACGACCAGCGCUGCAGAGCCUCGCCACGCCAACACCAACGGACACAAAGAACAUAAAUGACUGCAUCCGCGCCGAGUACGAGUCCGAGAUUGCCAACAUUGCCGAGGCCGACGACCCUCUCGACGUGUAUGACCGCUAUGUCCAUUGGAUCUUCGACGCGUAUCCCUCGGCCCAGGCGACACCUGCAUCGCAGAUCCACACCGUGCUUGAGCGUGCGACCAAGGCGUUCGUCAGCGCUCCCCAAUACAAGAAUGACCCUCGCUACUUGAAGCUGUGGCUUCUCUACAUAUCCUUCUUUGCCGACUCGCCGCGCGAGACUUUCUUAUUCCUCGCCAGGCAUGGCGUUGGUGAGACGCUCGCUCUGUUCUACGAGGAGUACGCGGCCUGGCUGGAGGGCGCAGGAAGGUGGGCCCAAGCCGAGGAAGUCUACAAGCUGGGCAUCGAGAGGGAAGCGCGUCCGACAGCCAGGAUUGUGAGGAAAUUUGGCGAGUUCGAGCAGCGCCGGGCCGCACAACCCGAGGACGCUGGCCCCUCGAGCCCUGCUCUCCCCACGGUCAGACCCGCGCUGGCGGCCAAGGUUGAUCCUUUUGCAGCCGUGGAGAGAGAUCCUCAGGCACCGAGCCAGACAAGUGGCCUUGGUGGACAGAAACCCAAGUCCUCCAAAUCGAAGCUGCAGAUCUUCUCGGACGCGGAUGCGCCGCCUCCUUCCGCCAUGGGCUCGAAAGGGUCCGGUUCGAAGGGUUGGGAUUCGAUCGGAUCACUGGCGGACAGGAAGAAGGAGAACGAGAUGGAGCCCAAGCCAUGGGCAGGCGAGACUUUGCAGGCAGGUGGCAAGAAGAGCAGCGGGCCGAAGAUGUCUGUGUUCAGGGAUCCGUUCAAGUCUCAACUUUCCAAAUCACAUAUCACGAUUGCUCCCUCACACUAUCAAGUGACCGUGAACCCUUCUCACGGCAAGAAGGAGCGAGUAUUUGUUGACCUGCAGGCCGUGUACCCAAGCCCUGAAGCUCCUGGUACUGAAUUGAGCUUCGAGGAGAUCUGGGCGACAAACCGUGGCUGGCUUGACCAGUCAUGGCAAAGGAAUGAAACAGUUGAUGGAAGAGUUUCAAGAGGCGUCAAGGACGGCGCGUCAAUUCAGCCGCAAAGAGAGGCAGCAAAGGUGCUCGUUCGUCAAGACAUCAUCACGCUGGAUGAGAAUGGCCGUCUCCCAGAUCAACACCGCGCAGGGAGGAAAAAGAAAUUAGCAGAAGUCAACGAGACCCAAAUCACGAAGCUGGACUCGCCAACCGGUCCCAAGACUUUGAAGAAGAAACACACAUCCGAGCCCACGAUGACCAUGCACACCAGGGCUGCCACGGAUGACAUCUAUGACAUCUUCAACGCUCCACUGAACGCUCUUCUGAUGAGGCAGAUGAGAAUAGACGACGAGACAUCGGACGUCAAGAGUGUCAGUGGAUGGUCCGACUUCCCAGCAGGGCGACACAUUCCUAGCAUUGACCGAGAUGAUGACGAAGACGACGAAGACCGGUCUGUUCUAUCCGACUUGAUCAACAUCCGAGAUGCAGACCCGUCUUUGGCAUUCACCGAGCAUACCAUCACUGCGCCUGAAUUCAACGACAACGACGACGACGACGACGACGACGACGAGGACCUCGACACUCCAAUGUACGACGAUAUGUCCCCGCCUAGGACGAGGACGACAUUCGUCCCUUUGCCUCCGGAAGACUAUGUUGCCGUGACACGAACAUAUAGGGACCCUGUUGAGAUGGCUAAUAAUCGUCUCCCCUUUAUGACGCCCAUCACGGAGAAGACCGAGUCGUCGCUGAAGGUCGAUUCUGAAGACCACGACCGCUACGGCACCAACAAGACUCCUAGUAGGAAGUAUGGCGCCUCACCGCGAGGGGUUGAGGAUAUCGAUGACGAGCAUAUGAGCAGCAGCCCACUGGAGGAAGUGAUUCAUGAAGACUUUUCUCCCGUGAAGCACAUAUCAUUGCCUCUACUGCCCAAGUCAAGGCCAGCCCUGGCGCCCAAGACGGACGCGAGAGCAGCACCUGCGAAAGGUCCCAUCAUCAGGGAAGCGCAGUGCAACCCCGUGGAUGAUGAUGUUCGCAACAAGAUCCUCGAGGAAACGCAACCGCCCUUGAGUUCUUGUCUUGGAUUUUACGACCACCGAUCCGAGAAUUACGGGAGGGGAGGCGAGAUCCGCAAGUUUGUCAAAGCAUGCAGGAGCAGCAGGAACAGUACAGACAGGACAGCUAAUCUUGGUGCCUCCCCUGUCAUACGUCUCCCCGGAAUAGAGACCGAGUACACGCUCAAGAAGGAGCUUGGGGCCGGGGCUUUUGCACCGGUCUACCUGGUCGAGAACUGCUUGCCUGACGAGGUUGAAGACGAGGAGGCGCCGGUGGCCAUGGGCAGGGGGACUUUCUCAGUCGCACAUAACCAACGCAGGCGCCUCGAGGCACUCAAGAUGGAGACCCCUCCCAGCGCUUGGGAAUUCCACAUGAUGCGGCUGGCCCACGCGCGUCUUGGCCCACAGCACCGAGCAACAGCUUCCCUCUCCUGCGCGCUUGAGAUGCACCUCUACCAGGACGAGGGGUUCCUCCUCCUUCCGCUCCACCCUCACGGCACACUCCUCGACGUGGUCAAUAUCUUCCGCGCGGAAUCCUCGGGCGUCAUGGACGAGAACCUGGCGAUGUUCUUCACCAUCGAGCUGCUCCGCACCGUCGAGGCCCUGCACUCGAAGCAGAUCCUCCACGGCGACCUGAAGGCCGACAACUGCCUGCUGCGCCUUGGCGGUGAGGCCCUGAGCGCGCAGUGGCGGGCGGACGGCGCCGGCGGCUGGGGCUCCCGCGGCGUGACCCUGAUCGACUUCGGGCGGGCCAUCGACAUGCGGGCGUUCGUGCCCGAGGUGCAGUUCGUCGCAGACUGGAAGACGACGGCGCAGGACUGCGCCGAGAUACGCGAGGGCCGCCCGUGGACGUGGCAGAUUGACUACCACGGCCUGGCCGGCAUCAUCCACUGCCUCCUGUUCAGCAAGUACAUCGAGACGGUCAGGUGCGACGCCGGCGGGCUCGGGACGCAGGCCGGCCGCAGGUACAAGAUCCGGGAGGGCCUCAAGAGAUACUGGCAGACGGACAUCUGGGGCGAGUGCUUCGAGAUGUUGCUCAACCCGGGCGGGCGCGUCGGGGAUGAGGAGGGCACGCGGAUGCCGCUGCUGAGGGGCAUGAAGGCCGUGAGGGAGCGGAUGGAGGCGUGGCUGGGGGGCAACUGCGAGAAGGGCGCGGGCUUGAGGGCUUUGCUUGGUAGGGUGGAGGCUGUUGCCAAGGCUAGGAGGGUGUAA